AUGAUUCCACCUGAACAAAUUGCUCAUGAUAAACCCGAAUGGUACCUCCCAUUGCAAGCAGUGUUUACGCCAGAAAGAACCACAAAAGUUCGACUAGUCUUUGAUUCAUCUUCAAAAGGUCAUGAUGGAUUGUCCCUCAACGAUUACCUUGAGAAAGGACCUAACUUCAUCAAUAGUCUUCUGGAUGUACUGGCAGCAUGGCGAUGGGACGAAGUGGCGUUCACUGGUGACGUUCGUAAAAUGUUCAACCAAAUCCUGGUACAUCCUGAGGAUCAGGUGUACCACAGGUUUCUUUGGAGGAGCAACACACGUGACAAACCAACUGUUUACCAGUGGCUAAGACUGAACUUUGGUGAUAAACCGGCCCCUGACGUCGCAACUAAUGCUAUCAACACGCUAGCCAAGCUUUCGAACGCAGAAUUCCCGGAAGCUGCAGGAGAAAUCCGACAGCAUGUGUACGUGGAUGACAUCGGUGGCUCCAGAGAAACAGUAACCAAGGCAAAGCAGAUUAUCAGCCACAUCGACGCUGUCCUCGCGAAAGGCAACUUCCAGAUCAAAACUUGGCAUUCCAAUGAGGCAGAAAUCGACCAAUCCAACGGUGAACGGUUCACGGAUCUUCUCGGCCUAAGCUGGGAUAAACAGCUAGACACGUUCACCUUCAAAAAGAAUGACCUCGGAGAACUGGAUGUCCUGACAAAGAGGCGCUGUUUAGGUCUUGUUGGUCAGUUAUGGGACCCCAUCGGUCUUGUGCUGCCCGUUGCAAUCAAGUUCAGAAUUGACCUGCAAGGAUUAUGGAGUUCAGGUUACAGCUGGGACGACAUCCUUCCCGAGAGUAUUCAGCAAACAUGGUUAGAGAAUGUCCAGUCCAUAAAUGAUCUCCUGUCAUUUCAGUUUGACCGCAAAUUCACAGAUUCUCCGAUGGUGGUGAGCAGGCUUAUGGUGCGGUCAUCUUCCUGCGGUGGAAACUUGCUGGCGGAGACUAUCGUAGUGUUCCAGUCACGAUAA